GGCUUCUUGAGCCUCCUCGCCAUCAUUGCGCUUACCAAGAUGGCAGCAUAUGCUGAUGAGUCCCUAUCUCCUUCUCUCGAGGAGGUGACGAACCUCCUCCUGGGAUCAGGUUCCUCUUCCCCGCCUCGAGGCAAUACCGUACCCAUCUAUGUCAGCAUUCCCGCCGAUCUUCUCACACCCGUCAUGGCCUAUCUGCGCCUGACAGAUGGAGCCCCGCUAGGCAGGCCGAGCUUCCUCUGCGAGUCGGUCGUGGGAGUAGAAAAGAUUGGCCGCUACUCCUUCCUUGGCGCCAACCCUUACAAAGUACUGCGCUGCGGUUCCUCCGGCUGCGAUGUGAGCGGCGACCCACUCAAGGCAGUAGAAGGGGAGUUGUCCCACAUCAAGUACGUCGACUUGCCUGGGCUGCCCAAGUUCACGGGAGGCGCAAUGGGUUACCUGAGCUACGACUGCGUGCAGCACUUUGAGCCAAAGACACGGCGCGACCUGAAGGAUCCCUUGGGGAUCCCAGAAGCAGUCUUCAUGUUCUGUGACCAGCUGGUCAUCUUUGACCACAUCUACCAGUCCAUCAAAUGCGUCGCCCACGUCAUUCUUCCUUCCACACCGGCCUCUGCCGCAUCAGGCUCCUCGCCCACGCCCUCCCUCGUUGCAAGCCUCUACCACGAAGCAGCCCAGCGAGUGCGCAACCUUCUCGAGACGAUCACUUCCACCUCAUCCUCCGUACCCCUACCCAAGCAGCCAACAAUAGUCGGCGGACACGAAGCCGUCUCCAAUGUAGGCAAAGCAGGUUACGAAGGAUUCGUCACCUCGCUCCGCAAGCACAUCACCUCCGGCGAGGUCAUCCAAGCCGUGCCCUCGCAACGCCUCGCAAAACGCACAGAGCUCCACCCGUUCAACGUCUAUCGUCACCUUCGCCAAGUGAACCCAAGCCCGUACAUGUUCUACGUAGACUGCGGAGCUGACUGUCAGCUGGUCGGCGCCUCACCCGAGACGCUCUGCAAGAUCGAAGACAACAAAGUCUCCGUCCAUGCCAUCGCCGGGACGGUCAAGCGCGGGGCUGAUGCGAGCGAGGAUGCAGCGAGGGGCAAGGAGUUGCUCGAAAGCGAAAAGGACAAGGCAGAGCAUGUCAUGCUAGUCGACCUGGCCCGUAACGACAUCAGCCGCGUAUGUGACCCAAGGACGACGCAAGUGGAAAGCUUCAUGCAGUUGGAGCGUUUCUCGCACGUCAUUCACCUCACGUCACGUAUUACGGGACUGUUGCGAGAGGGUAAGAGCAGGUUCGAUGCACUCCGAUCCAUCUUUCCCGCGGGAACGGUCAGUGGUGCACCGAAAGUUCGGGCAAUUGAGCUGGUCGCCGAGUUGGAGCAGGAGAAGCGAGGCGUCUAUGCCGGAGCGGUGGGUCACAUCGAUUUUGCUGAGAAGGAGCUGGAUGUCUGCAUCGCCAUUCGAACGAUGUUGUUCAAGGGCGGGACGUGCUACCUUCAAGCUGGAGGCGGCAUCGUGUACGAUUCGGUGGAAGAGGAGGAAUACAUGGAGACGAUCAAUAAGUUGGGGGCUAAUGUCAGGACACUGCAGCAAGCUGAGGAACAUUACCUGAGACUUCAGAGGUUGGAGGGGGCCAAGGGCGAGGCGAGAUGAGUCAGAGUGGCACAGGGAUGUGGUAUAUCAAUGAGAGAGGGCGAUUAUUAUUACACUGUCGCAUGCCAUGCUCG